GUUGAUUAAAUGAAAGAGAAGUAAUUUGUGAUCUCAGUUUGCUCCGUGACACUCCUUAUUAACUUUUUAAGCUGCUUUAUGAGUGAAUAGGUGCAUUUUUUUUGCUCUGAUAAGAUUAUCUGCAGGGUCUGGGCUUAUGGCACACAAACGGGUCGCAAGAUCACCAGCAUCCCACGUAAGAGCUCAGGACUGCUCAGAGAUGCUGAACUCUGUGAUUCUGCCUCUGUGUCCUGAUGAAACCACACACAGCAUCUUCAGAGAGGAGCACAGAGACCUGACCGACUCAUUACAGGAGCAGCUUAUAGAGAAGGACCUCCACAUCUCCAGACUGCAAGAUGCUCUGACCUCUGAAAGAGAAAAGUGCGCGCGGCUGCAGUGUCGCAGUAACCAGCAGGGGGCGGAGCUGAAGCGCAGAGAGCAGCACAUCAACCGCAUGAGAGACAAACUCUCACAGCUCACUGACAGACACAAGCACCGCGGCGUCUCCAUGGAGAUAAUAAACGUGUUGCCAAAGCGGACAGGGCGGAGAGAGCCUGGCUUCAAGACCGCAAGGGCUGAUGGGAGGACAGAAGAAGCACUGCGUCUGCUGUUGGACCGAAGGGAAGCCGAGCUCAGAGAAGCCAUGAAACUACGACACGGCCUCACUACACUACUGCACAUGCUCAGAAAUAACAUGGAGCAGACACUGCGGGACAACAACAAUACAGAACUGGCAGAUGAGACCGACGACAACGUGCUGGUCCAAUCAGAGCAGUGCCUUGGUGAUCAUGUGACCGGAGGUGUGGUCCAGGAGUGGAUGCAAGUCCAGAAAAGACUCCAGGAGCUCAUGUCAAGGAGUCCUGUUGCUCAAGGGACAGACCAGGAGAAGCUGCUGGCUCAUCUUGAGGAAGAGCUGGAGCAGAGCAGACAUCUGAUCCGAGCGCAGCAGCAGUUACUGCAGGACAGUGUAACUCCGCCCCUCCCCGCUGUGCUGAUGGACUGCUACUAUCUGGAGGAGUGGGAGCGGCUACAGGACCACUGGGAGGAGUUUAACAGGCAGAGGCGGAGCUUCCAGCAAGAGAGGCAUGCCUUCACUGAAGCUGCUAUCCGAUUGGGUCACGAGAGAUGUGAGUUUGAGCGGCAGAAAGCCUCCCGUUUGAAGUCAGACUUCCUCAGUUUUUCUCCCGUCAAGAAAACCUCGCAGUGGAACAGGAGAGAAAGCACAGCGCUCAGCGACCUACGUGCAGCAGUACCGGAGCAGCUCUCUCUGUCUCCAUGUGCCACACCAUCAUUUGAGGGGUCAGAGGUCACGCCUGGGUCCCGUCAGAACAUGGUCAUGACCCCGAACACCCCUGAGCUGUACUCGGCUCUUAAACUGCCCUAUUACAGGUCAGAACAGAUCCUUCAGUCACCUGAUGAGCGCAACACAGACUGGCACUUUUAGUUUACACACUGAACAGUUUCAUGAGCUGGAAAUAUUCCGUUUUUUUUUGUGAAGAAUUUAAAAAUGUAAUAAAGAAAUGCCAUAUGUAUAGAAUUACCUUGUAUUGUUUUCACUUUCUAACAAAUAAAAAAUCUCUCACAAAUGCACACAUCAGAUCAAUAAUUGCAUAUAUUGUUUUGUACACUGCAGCUGAGACCGGGGCUAGUUGUCACAAUGUCUACUUUUGAAGUACUG